GCCACUUGCGACCCGACGACGUUUGAGACCUGUCGCAUUGACCCUGCCUCCAGUUGAUCCCGCAUUCGACCGCCAUUUGCACCUCGUGAGGUUCGCCCCUCCGACAACCAUGGGCGACCCCAAGAAAUCAGAUCGGCCGACCACCCGCAAUGCUGCUGCAGGCGCACCGGCCGUCAAGUCGCCCGAUCGUACCGGACCAAAUGCGUUGACGAUCGCAUCGCCUCCUGGCUCCAGGACGCCCCCUAGUAUGCCGUCGAAGAAGACUCUAUUCUACCCGGAACCGCAAGCCAGGAGCCAGAAUUCUCGGACUACCUCUGGGCCAAUCGAUGCAGAUGCCCUAGCGAAGGCUCUGAAGGAUUUUGAGGAUGCUGGACGUCCCCGCGAGAGAACACCGGGUACCAGUCCCAGCAGGAAGAGGCAGAGAGUGUACGGUGAUAGAUUUAUUCCCAAUCGUGAGGGACAAGACCUUCAGGCAACGUUCAGUCUGCUUCAUGAGGACGGUUGCCCUUCGACUCCAUCAAAGUCGAAAAAACGAGCUCCCCAUUCGGAGCUUCACUUUCAAAAAACUGAGGAAGCAAAUCGCAUGUACUCGCGGGUUUUGCGAAGUGAACUCUUUGGGAAUACUGUUCCACAGGCCGAUUUGGAUUCCCUAUCGCCGGAUCCCUUGUUGGGUAUGGGUAAUGGCAUUAAUGACAAGACCCGCUCACAUACGCCACCUUCACAUGUGGUCUCGAACCUACCACCUGCCAGCAUAACACCAUCGACGCCCCACAAAAACCUCUUUAACUACGCUUCCCCACGUGCUGGGUCAGCUCACCCCACACCUUCAAAGACUCCGCGAAGUCAGCAUGGUCCAAAUCUCAAUGUCCGAUCGGAGCUCUACAGUCUAUCACCAAUCCGCCUCGACAGCCAACGUAUUCUGGAGACGCCUCGGAAACAGCCUCGUUACGUGAACAAGGUACCUUACAAGGUCCUUGAUGCGCCCGAUCUGCAAGAUGAUUUCUAUCUCAACCUAGUAGACUGGGGCAGCAGUAACGUUCUUGGUGUGGGCCUAGGCAACUCGGUCUACAUGUGGAACUCCCAGACAGGCCGCGUGACGAAGCUCUGUGAGCUACGAGAUGAUACAGUCACAAGUGUUAGCUGGAUACAAAGGGGAACACAUCUUUCAAUAGGCACAGGCAAGGGUCUUGUACAAAUAUGGGAUGCUGAGCGCUGUCGUCGCCUCCGUACGAUGAUUGGACACACAAAUCGUGUAGGAGCGUUGGCUUGGAACGAUCAUAUCCUCACAUCCGGCUCUCGAGAUCGACUGAUUUUCCAUCGAGACGUCCGCUCCCCGGAUCAAUACCUGCGUCGCUUAUCUGGUCAUAAGCAAGAGGUAUGUGGUCUUCGUUGGAACACCGAAGAUGGCCAAUUAGCCUCAGGCGGGAACGACAACAAACUACUGGUCUGGGACAAGCUCAACGAAACACCGCUUUACCGCUUUUCCGACCAUACUGCGGCCGUCAAGGCAAUCGCUUGGUCUCCACACCAGCAUCAUCUUCUCGCGUCCGGUGGUGGUACAGCGGAUCGAACCAUAAAGUUCUGGAACACGUCGACUGGUUCCUUGAUCAAAGAAGUCGACACAGGCAGUCAGGUUUGUAACUUGGCGUGGUCGAAGAAUUCGGAUGAGAUCAUCAGCACGCACGGCUACAGCCAGAACCAAAUCGUUAUCUGGAAGUACCCUCGUAUGGAGCAGAUUGUCUCUUUAACCGGUCAUACAUUCCGUGUACUUUACUUGGCCAUGAGCCCCGAUGGCCAAACAGUCGUCACUGGGGCUGGAGAUGAGACCCUGCGGUUCUGGAAGAUCUUCAACAAACGACCGGGCAGAGAGCACGGACGUGAAGGUAGCAAGCUAGCAGAAUGGGGUACCAUCCGCUGACGAGAAAGGUUGUUGUUCAUUUCGGAAUGAUUUGGUGCCAUGGCGUCCUUUGAACUUCUCGUUGGGCUUACCAAUAUGCAUUAGAUAUGGCGUUUCCAAGGCUUUGGCGUUUCUUACGAUGCUGGGUUCUGUCCUUGGACGGUCUGGAGGAGGGUUACUUUGUUUUUCUAAAUGGGUCUAGCUUGGGCAUUUUCUUCGCAUCUCAUGGGGUACACAACAGCAUAUCAUGGGUAACUAAAGGGUUCUUUUUCUGCGUCGUUUUGCUUUCUAAUAAGUUCUUUCCGCUGGCUGCAAGAUCUCAUUCCA